AUGCAGCACGGUGAAACAAAGAAUGGCAAAUAUCCCGAUGGCUCGGUCAUCACUGUUUGGGGUAAAUACUCAGACAAGACCAGUGCUGGAGAGGCUUGGCCAUGCAUGGGCAAUAAGACCAACAAGAAGAAGGGCUGUCGCCAGGUUGCACAGGAGCUGGGCGUGCAGUGGACGAAAAUGAAGCCCGAGAACAAUGACAACGAGAAUAAGAGGAAGAAGGAAGGAAGCCCUUCAGAUGACAAGGUCCCUGAUAAGAAGAAGGGGAAGGAGAGAACCUCUGAGAAGAAUUAA